AAGGUGGGCGGGGCUGGACGUGCUGGGUGUCCAACUCCGCAGUCUGCAGUCAGCACCCUCUCGGUAAUUCUGCAGCAAUCAGAGGGGACUCAGGAGACCACAGAGGAGAAGACCACAGAGGAGAAGACUCAGACAGGAAGAAGUCCUAAAUAAGUGCAACCUGUUUGGAAAGUUCUGUGAAUAAGUCAAUGAUCAACGCUGAGUUUCUGCGAAUCACAACUGUUCCGCUGGAAGUAAAGUUUUUUGGUCAGUUUGACAAACAUACCACCAAGCUGCUGGAGGUCAUUCGAAGAAAGGGGGAGCUGUGAAAGAGAGGAAUGCCAGGAACAUGCAGGGUUUGGAUGAGACUGUGGACAUCAGCACCAGAAGGGAAUGCAUCCUCAGGUCUCUGAUGAUCUAUCUGGGUGAACCUGUUGAGUAUCUCAUCAAAGAGUCCCAGGGUGUUCAGGAAAAUGAGGCACAAGAGCUGGACCAGUCAGCCAUGUCGAUUGUUGUCGCCACAAAUGAUGAUUCUCACCCACCAAUCAAAGACGUUACAAUAUUCAUUGAGGGAACACAAGUUCCCUCAGUUGCGACAGCCUUUGUGAUGUUGGUUGGGCUCAUAUACGCACUCAACAUGAAGUACCCAAAGAAAACAAGAGCCCAAAAGUCAAUAGGCUGAGCGCACAACUGUACAGGUCAGAGUAAACAGAGUCAAGUUGCACUGGUUUACUUGAGUUCCAUUUUGACUUUUUUUGUUCCUAAAACCAGUGAUUGCACUCUUUAUAUGGUGUUGCAUGUUACAUAUGCCUGAAUAUUCCUUGUGUUAUUUUAAAAACAUGUCUGCCAAGAUUCCAAGACUAUUGUUCUUAUAGGCUGAAGUAGAGUGUGAAAGAUUAGAUCUACAACCUUUAAAUUGUCGUUUUUUUUUACCAUCAUAUAUAACCAUUGUUAAGUGUUCAUGUGUUUUUAUAUUGCCAGCUCAUGGAUUUGUUUCACUUUAUUGCUGCUAAAUCAAUUUGAAACUUCAGUGCUAAACACAAUAAAAGUGUUCUGAAGCUA